AUGUCCACUCCCGACCCAAAGCAUGGUGCCCCUGGGUCCGGCCCCGGAUCAGGAUCUGGGUCCCAGCGCAACAUCUCUAAUACUCCUCUCGGGCUAGCUGAUAUCAGGCCACGCGCCGACUCCAGCUUGUCCGACGGCGUCCCUGGCUCCUCGGGAUACGAGCUCGCCAACGCCCAGCCCUCCCCCAGCAACUAUCUGGCACCCUGGGCCCUGUAUGCUUUCGAUUGGUGCAAAUGGGCUCCUUCGGCCAACGGAGCAGGCAAAGUAGCCAUCGGCAGCUACCUUGAAGAUGGUCACAAUUUUAUCCAAAUUCUCGAUACCCAAAUCGUUAAUGCACCUACCGACACCUAUAACUCGGGAUCUUCCAAGAGCUGUCUCGAGUUUACAAAGAUCGCCGAAGCCACGCACUCCUAUCCCGUGACUAGGCUACUGUGGGAGCCUCCGUCGUCGAACAAACAGACUACCGAUUUGUUGGCCACGUCCGGAGACCACCUCAGACUAUGGUCUCUCCCCUCGGAGCCUCAGAGCUCCUACGGGAGCAUGCUCGGCCGGCAGCAGCACCGCCCGGCCACCAAACUCACCCCGUUGGCCCUGCUUUCCAACUCCAAGACCCCCGACCAUACCGCGCCGCUGACGUCCUUGGACUGGAAUACUGUAUCCCCAAGUUUGAUCAUCACCUCUAGCAUAGAUACGACAUGUACUAUUUGGGACAUUCCGUCUCUGACAGCCAAGACUCAGCUUAUCGCUCACGACAAGGAAGUGUACGACGUCCGUUUCUGCGCCAAUAGCGUAGACGUGUUCGUCAGUUGCGGUCAAGAUGGCAGUGUUCGCAUGUUCGACUUGAGGAGCCUCGAACACAGCACCAUUAUCUACGAGCCAACUGCCAAGGACGAUAGAGCUACAGACGCGAAUGGUGGAAGGAUCAGCCCAACCUUGGCUCAGCAGACAAUGUCUAAUGCACCACCGUUGAUGAGGAUUGCCACAUCACCACACGAUACACAUCUCUUGGCAACCUUCGCGCUGGACUCUAACGUGAUCCGGAUUCUCGAUGUCAGACAGCCAGGCCAGGCCCUGCUAGAGCUCCGCGGGCAUGGCGGUGCCGUUAACUGCAUGGAAUGGUCGCCCACCCGGCGGGGAACGCUGGCCUCGGGAGGUGAUGACUGCCAGGUCCUGUUGUGGGACUUGAUGAAUAGCACCCCGAACAGUACGGGCUCUCCCGAUAAGCAUCUUACGCCGGUUGCUGCGUGGCAAUGUGAUUACGAGGUUGGAAAUCUUGGUUGGACACCACAAAAUGGUGAGGGCGAAUGGUUAGGCGUUUCUGGAGGUAGAGGCGUAUGGGGACUCAAGUUGUCUUGA